AUGGCGGAAAUAUUGAAGCGUGGAUGGAAGUUUCUCAUAGUAUCAACGUUGGUAUUUAUAACGGUACUGCUGCUGUUUAAUGUCCAGAUUAACCCCUACUUGGACAAUCGUCAAAACGUUUUAGUAUCAAACGUGAUAAACGUUGCUGCUUCUAAGCGACUGACAUCGAGUUACGUCACCGAGGGACCAAUCUUCAACGAAAAUACGUAUCAAAAGAAAAACGUAUCGGCUUUUUGUGCGGGUGUUGACAUCUAUGGAAAGCCUCAACUAACCAGUGUGGUGCAUUCUCGAAUAGAUGCUACAAAGUUGGACCCUACCACACCAGGUCUAUUGUAUGUCUAUGUUUCCACGUACACGAAAAGAAACGUGUCAAAAACGUCAGGUGGUGACGUCAUCAACAUGAUUGCGAAUGAAGUUAAUGGGGAUGGGAAAAUUACAGCGUUUGUCUUUGACCACAACAAUGGUAAAUACUCGGGCGUGUUCCAAGUACCUUGGACAGGAAAGACAGCUGUGCGAGUGAAAGUUUUAUCCUUUGUAGAAAAUGCAUGUCUAAGGUUAAAAUCAAUGGAAAAGUACGGUAACCAAGUAUUCACAAUGCAAAGCGGGUGGGGUAUAAGAGGAAAGUUUGUUACCUCACGAGGGUUGACGGAAUUCACACCAUGCGGUGCAAAUGACUACAUUUUCGGCUAUCCUAAUCAGUGUAAUUUCACGUCAGUAAAUGCCAAUGAAUCCUGGUUUUGUGGGCAGCCGAGACACUCUCUUAUAAAUUGUAGAGACAUAUAUUCUUUCGGCACUGGUCCGUUCGAAUCGAAAGCAGCCGGGCCAUCAGAAAAGGUUGCGCUUCCUAAUUCAGCAGCGUUAAAAUCAUCGGUGACAGCGAAUUCUCCAAAAAGCACCGAAGCUCGCGAUCGUAUUCCGUGUAAUGAAAGACCCCCGAGAUAUUCAUGGACAGAGCUGGGACAAUUUCCAAACGGAUAUUGGGCUCGUAACCAAUGGCGUAUGUACAACUGCUCGUCGUCUCUUGUGCAUUCAGUGAAGUCUUACAGAAACUGUCUGCAAAACAAAACCGUCUAUUUCCUCGGCGAUUCAACAGUGAGACAGUAUGCGGAAUAUUUCAUCAAUACUUUACUCGGGUACAAUGUAAAAAAUUUCAAGGACAUGGUCGGCUCCGGAAGACAAUACCAUUCGAAGCAAAUUUAUAAAAACUUUGGUAUUAAUGUCACUUAUAUCAAGCAUGCUAUGCCUUUCCACAAUCCAGACUUCCCACCCACCGGCAUCACGUCUUUGCCUAUGGAGAUUGAGCGGCUAUCCAACUCCGACAUACCGGAUAAGGCGCUCAUUUUGGUUGUAAACUACCACGUUCAUUUUCAGGCGUAUCCGGUUGAUAUUUUUCGAGGGCGUGUCAGAAGUUUAGCGCAGAGCUUAAGUAUUUUUUUACAGGCUAAACCGACGGCAUCGGUUUUGUUUAAGGGGUUCCACGCUUGUUCAGACGACACUCGAUGGUUCGAUAACAAACUCACGCUUAUUUUUAGAGGUAUCGUCAAAGAAGAGUUUGGAGAACUCAAAGACAGAGUCGUCUACCUUGACACGUGGUCUAUUACUGCGGCGCAUGACAGCUUGGCGCUUCAUCCGGCCGGAAAUGCGUUCACGAGUCAGAUUCAACAGUUUUUGACCUACGUUUGCUAGCUUGAUACAACGGAACUGUGACUCUUAUUAAUAGUACGUUGUAGUUAGGCUCGUUGACUCAUGCUUAUACACGUAUACAAUUGUUGUAUUGGAGGAUCUUUACAAUGAAGUAAACGUUAAACAAUAGAUAAUAGUGCAUGUCAACAAAUAACGUGUCCGUAUCAUGUGCAUUUAACUCUAUGGAUCACCUAUGGGAAUUUAACUGUCCCGUUUCAACAGAAAACUAGUAGUAAAGGUUGAGUUAUGUGUCGCAAAAAGUUUCAACAAGAUGGUUGUAUGUAUGUAUGACCACAGUACUUCAUUACAUUACCUCGUAUAUACAUAUAUUAAAAUGCAUAUUACCGUGAACAAUGCAAAAUGAGAAUUUAUGGAACUUUGGGAUGUUAAAUGGUUCCUAUAGUUUUGAACAUCAGAAUUAGUUUACUUGCAGGUAAAAUAACAUGCUUGAUUUCUUAUUGCUUUUACUUUUAAAUGCAGUUGCCAAUACUGAUACAGUUCAAUAGUGUCAUUAAGAAUGUCACAAUUCCACUGGACUCAAGAUGAUAAUAUUCACAUAUUUCAUAUAUUUUCAUCAAGACUGCACUAAUUAAACACGGUCAUGUGUUUAUUAUUUAUCACAUGCCAUACCCUGUUUUCCAUGUAAUAUAACCAGUACAUAUAUUUUUAUUUUACACAUGUGUAAGAUACUUUUUAAGCGUUUUCAUUGGCUUAGUUUUCGUUUAUUGACCAAUCGCAUUUUGUUAUUUUGCUGAAACGACUUUGAAACGUCAAAUGACUGUACGAAAUGUAAACAACAUUCGGGAUUUAUCAUUAUGUUUGCGUAAAUAUUUACUUAAUUUGCUAAUUUAAAAGCACGUGAUAAAAAGAUAUGACACUCGUUGUGAUAUCAUACCAUAUUUUAUCAAACUCGUCCAGGAAAUUCGUUAGUAAGCUCGCCAAAGGCUCGCCUACUAACAAAAUUCCUGAACUCGUUUAAAGGGGCCUUUUCACAGAUUUUGGCAUGUUUUGAAGUUUGUCAUUAAAUGCUUUAUAUUGAUAAAUGUAAACAUUGGAUCUAUAAAGCUCCAGUAAAAAAUCAAGAAUAAAAUUUAAAAAAAGGAAAAAUGUGCACCGCAUCAGGGCUCGAACCAUUGACCCCCGGAGUUCUGUAGUAAAAACCAUUUAGACCGCUCAGCCAUCCUGCCAAGUAUAAAUGGUUCAUGUAUUUUAUACUUUAUAUAAGUAAUCUUCGUAGUUUCACACAAUUAAACGACAACAACAGAACUCUCCAAAUUAUUCAAUCGUUUCGCGUUGCAACGCUUUAUAAUUUUCAGGUUUUUAAAUCGUCAAAAGAUACAUUUAGUGGCUAUAUUAGACCAUGGCAAAUGUUCAGUAUUACUGUUUCCUCACAAAUAUCAUAACUAAAACGAAAAUUUGCGAAUCUGAAACAACUUUUUUUAAUUUUGUCAAUUUACCAAAACGUGAAAAGAUCCCUUUAAUAAAAUAUGGUAUUAUAUGACAACUCGUGCCAGAUCCUAUUUAUUUGCGUUAUUUGUGACUUUAUGAUGUACAUGCUGACGCAUCUUAAAUGCACUUAAAUACAGCAUGUAGCACAACUGGAUUAAACGGUACACCAUUAACGUUGGGAUUGGGGCUGACUCAGUUAAAAAUGUUAAAUAUUGUCGUCAUAACUAAGUCUUUUUUUGAGACUUCAAACACCAGGGAUUUUUAAACCGUAAAUUGGCAUUGCUUUUGACUAAGCAGAGUUCAGCAUACUAGAAUUUCCAUUAACAAGCCUACUACGACUCGACGCAUACUUACAAAUUUACGUAAGACCAAGUAUGUUAAAGCUUAUAGAUUUAUUGACCUCUCAAAAUAGUAAUAUUGUUAAAACUUAGCUAUGUUUAUUUUUAAAGCAUGGGAAAUAAGAAAUACUAAUGAUACAUAUUACGAUUAGGCAGGGACCUAUGCACAGCCUCUCUCUGUAUAUUGUCUUCUCUAAAAUACACAAUACUUUGUAUAACAAUUAACCGAUUUAUUUUUGGUGUUUA